AUGAGGUCGACUUCCGACAGCUCCUUGUGGGCCCGGUUCGUCUCAAGCCGGCCAUUUUGCUCCUCAGCGUACUGCACGCAACGCAACGCAACGCAGGUCCACGUCACCGCCGACGUCGAAAUGGUGGGUGCCCGACUAUUGCCUGCGGAUGCGACGCUGCCUGGGUCAGGUGAACCGCCAUCCGUCUGGAAUGACGAUGGCUCCACCAUGAGCCAGAGAGCAUGGCACGAUAGUGUGAUUCGAGUGGGCAAGGUGAGGGAGGCGAAUUUCUACAGUCUUGCACCGUGGUGGAAAGCCUACUGGGCAGACACAGGAAAGAAGCUAGGACGGAUUCGCUCUAGAACAGAGGCAGCGCUGUCGAAAAGCUCCGCAGCUCCUCGGCGUUCAUCUCCGAAGCUUCGGGAGAAGCAUAGCGCGUCACCGACCCCGGCGAUAUCCACGACGGGACCCCCGGGCGCCGAGCUUUAUUCCAAAACAUCAACAUCGCCCUCUAACCAGUCUCCACCAGAGAGCCACCGGCGAGCAAGCUCAAGCGGGGCGGGAAUUAGCUGGGCCAAGUUCAACCUUCACCACACCUGA